AAUAACGGUUUGGUGCCGGUGUCUGCCAAAAAAAAAUCCUAUUUGCUCAUCCCUUUACGUUUAAUCUAUAGCUUGUGUUUGUUUCCUGGGAUUCAAACCCAUGACCUUGACAUUCCCAGACAUUCUCCACCACAUGAUGUACAGAUACAGUUAUAAUCCAUUAAACAUUUUGUUAUUUGGGUCAGUCAUAAAGUGUUAGGUUUUUCCACUGUAUCAUUAUUCACAGCGGAUGGAGGGAGUGCAGGAGGUCGACACCGAGAGGUUGGGAUUAGGUGUUUCAUAGAGGCGCUCUGUGUAUUCAGGAAUGGGGUUUACCCUGAAGUUCAACUGUCGCUGUGUGUUUGGAUGAAGUUAGGGAGAGGGCAACCCACAAAUCUGCACUUCAUCUUUGAGUCGUGCACGUUUACGGGGGUCCUAUUAACCAGUGUGUUUUUUUGUAAAUGAUCUGUUGGUUUGCAUGUGGUUGUGUGCGCAGAGACUGUGUAAGGGCUGUGUGUGUAUUUGCGGUGGUCUUGUGAAACAGAAAGGCUAAUGCCUCCUCUGAGGCUGGUGAGGAACAGCAUGAUUAGCCCUCCAGCACCCCGGGGGGAGCUGCAGUGCUCUCCUUGCUCUAAUUCACUUUGACGUCAACAGGAAAGCAGACCUUGUCUCGUGGGGGUGGAAUGGUGGGGGGCGCAUUGUAGACCGUAUAGCCGUUGAGGGCUUUGGGGUUUAGAGGGGCUGCUGGAGGGAUUACAGAACCCUAAAAUGUUUUCUUUGUAAUAUGGAGGAAACCCGAGAAAGCUUUCGCACAAACCUACCAACCGUUCUUAGGCGAUGGUGGCGCGUGGGGGGCUGGCAGACUUUGUUUGCCCACCUACCCAAGCUCGCACACACACACAUAAGGCCCGAGCAGCAGGGUCCACACAUACGUAUAUCGUCACAUGCACUAUCGAAUUACUUUUCAAAUUGUGGGGUCAGCAGGCCCACUGGUAUCACGCAGUGUAAAUAAAAGAUUGCUCUGAGCUUUCCUUGUUCUCAAAAGCAUGCACUGCUUAAACCUAAAUCAACAUUUCUGCCCAUUUACAAGUCUGUUACUGUCUGGAGGGCUGUGCACCAGGAGACCCACACCAACAUCAGAUGCUCUGAUGCUGAGAACAAGCAAACUGGUCUCCAUGUGAAGCUAUCCCAUGAUGCAACAUGUGUCCCCAGCACCAGCAUUGACCAUGAUGGCCACACAGAGCGUCCCUCCACCAUCGUACCAGGAGAGCCAACAGAUGACAGGCACUACGCAGCAAAACUCAAAGGCCCAGCAUGUCCACAUCUCUGCAGCCUCGGCAGCAGGGGCCACACCGGUCAGCGUGACCCUUGACCCCCAAGCCCAGCUGGAGUCAGACAAGCGAGCCGUUUACAGACAUCCUCUCUUCCCUCUUCUGGCCCUGCUCUUUGAGAAGUGUGAGCAAGCCACACAGGGAUCAGAAUGCAUCACCUCAGCCAGCUUUGACGUUGACAUUGAGAACUUCGUCCACCAGCAAGAACAGGACCACAAGCCUUUCUUCAGCGAGGACCCUGAACUAGACAACCUGAUGGUGAAGGCGAUCCAGGUGUUACGGAUCCACCUGCUCGAGCUGGAGAAGGUGAACGAGCUCUGUAAAGACUUCUGCAACCGUUACAUCACCUGCCUCAAGACCAAGAUGCACAGUGACAAUCUGCUACGGAACGACCUGGGCAGCCCUUAUUCCCCGUCACAGACCAGCCUCGGUCUGCAGCAGGAUCUCCUCCAAAACUUAUCUCCGUCCCUCACCUCUGUAUCCAGCACUGUCAAUCCCUCUGGGAUCGUGGUCCCUGCCGGCUCGCUGCAACAGAACAACGUUGCCAUGACCACUAUCAACUCUCAGGUGGUCUCAGGUGGGACGCUGUAUCAGCCAGUGGCAAUGGUUACCUCACAGGGGCAGGUGUUAACCCAGGGCUUACCGCAGGGAACCAUCCAAAUCCAAAACAAUCAGGUGAACCUGGACUUGUCUUCACUCUUGGACUGCGAUGACAAGAAAUCAAAAAACAAACGAGGCGUUCUUCCCAAACAUGCCACAAACAUAAUGCGUUCCUGGCUGUUCCAGCAUCUCAUGCAUCCCUAUCCCACAGAGGAUGAGAAAAGGCAAAUCGCAGGACAAACCAAUCUUACUUUGUUACAGGUGAACAACUGGUUUAUCAACGCCCGCAGGCGUAUACUGCAACCCAUGUUGGAUGCCAGCAAUCCUGACCCAGCCCCCAAAGCCAAGAAAAUGAAAUCCCAGCAUAGACCCACACAACGCUUCUGGCCUGAUUCCAUUGUAGCUGGUGUCCUGCAGACACACGGAUCCUACACUAACUCAGACGGCUCGCUGGGAAUGGACGGCCUGCAGCCUUUGUCCUCGGAUUCCGCCACGCUGGCGAUGCAGCAAGCUAUGUUGGGAGGAACUGACGACUCUAUGGACGGGACGGAGGAUGAAGAUGAAGAAGAAGAGGAAGAGGAUGGAAUGGACGAUGAGGAAGAUGAAGAGGAGGAUGAAGAAAGCGAUGGCAUUAGACGGAGAGAUCUGGGCCUCAACCAUCACGACGGACUGGAGUGUCCCAGCAUGCUUUGUGCUUUUCAAUUGCCGUCCACAGUUGCCAGCAUGUCUAUUGCCAACACAGCCGCCCAGGCGAUGCUCUCCGAUGCCCUGCUGAGGGACAGUAAUGGCGACAAUCACAUCAAGCACCUGGAGUUGGAAUUGCCUCUGGAUAAAGUCAUCAAGUUCGUGUCUGUGGGCCUGCCGCUCCUUCUGGUGUCCAUGGCCUUUGCCAGAGAGAUUUCCAUCGGCCCACAGAUCAGCUGCUUUCCUCCCAACAACUUCACAGCAAAGCAGGCAGCAUAUGUAGACACAUACUGCUGGGACUCCCUCAUGCAUCAUGAGUUUGACACAGAUGGGAACUUUGAAGAACGUUCACUGUGGGUGCACAAAAUGUUCCCAUACUCCUUAUUGGUCAUGGCGGUGAUGAUGUACAUACCUUCCUUGAUAUGGCGUUUUCUGGCCGUGCCCAGCUUGAGCUCUGACUUGCUCUUCAUCAUCGACGAGCUGGACAAAUCUUACAAUCGUUCUGUCCGUUUGGCUCAGAGCAUCCUGGAGCUCAAAGAGAGAUCAGAAGACCCUCUGCAGUUUCAGACUGAGCUUGAGAGAGCCAGGAGCAAACGAUACUUUGAGUACCCCCUGCUGGAGAGAUACAUGCAGUGCAAGCAUGGCUCCUACUUCCUGGUCAGCAUGCUCUUCUUGCGAGGUUUCCUUCUGCUGACCUUCAUGUCGGCAUCGUGCAUGUACCUGGUUUACUUCCAUCUCUCCGCCUUCCUCCAAGAUGAAUUCAGCUGUUUCGUACGCACCGGGCUCCUGCGUGACCAGCCCUGGGUGCCUGAGCUAGUUCAGUGUAAAAUGACGGGCCUGCUUGUGUUCCAGGUCAUUAGUGUGGCUAACGGCGCCGUCUAUGUGCUGCUGGGCCCUAUUGUUCUCUUUAGCCUGCUGCGCUUGUUCUGUUGGGACACGACCUUUCUCUCUCUUUAUGAGGUGCUGCCCGCAUUAGGCCUUAUCAGCGGACAGAAACUGGGCUGCCCGCUUAAUGACCUCAACGUGCUGCUUCUCUUCCUACACGCCAACGCUGCACAACUGCGCUCGUACGGCCGCCUGAGGGCCGUGUGUUCCCUCUCGCCUCCUCGACUGAAGGGAGGGAACUGCAUGCUGACGGCGGAGCAGGCUGAGGAGGCGGCGGAGGCUGCAGAAGAGCUCGAGGAGGAGAUUAGAGAGGCCAGAGAGGAGGGCAAGCUCAAUCUCGUCGACCUCAUGACUGUGCUGGGAGCAGCCAGAGGGAACGCAGUGCACUGCCCAGAGCAGCGCCCUCUUGUGGAGGAGGACAUGACGCUCGGUACAGUCACUCUGAUAAAUGUACUCAAAUGCAUCACGCUAGUUGGCGUUUUCGUGGCUAUUAUUUGGAACGUUCAGAAAAUCGUCAAAUGAGGUUGCUGUGCAUAGCGUUGACCUUUGA